AUGGUUGUCCAAGAGACUGACUGGCUUUCUGUCGGUCAUACUGUGGACUUGUUUCACCGCCUCGUUUACAGCCGGGCUGAACAUGAUGAAGGUUGCACAUGUCUCACGAAUCCAAGUACUACACGAUGCACCAUCGAUGAGUCUUUGCUUAUGGACUUAUUGCCCGAUGUUAUUCGCAGUCUUAAGCGCGACGGAACCUGCUCUCGUGACAACAUUUCCAUGUUACAAACCGAAAUCACUGGUAGAGUCGGCCCCUUAACACUAGGUAUGACGCCUCACUCUGCAGCUCGGACCAAGGCUGGAACUGAAUCUAGCUCAACCCCUUCCAUUUCAGAAGCUUCCGGCAUUGAGACUAUGUCUACCCAUAAAACAAUGAACGAUGUUCGUUCACUGCUGUUCAGUCAGUCAGACACGGUGGUUGAGUCAAGACAACCUGAAUUUCCACAACCAGCAAACCCGCUCAAACCAUCGAAAGAUUCUAAACCGUCGAGAAAGCCGGGGAAGAUCGCCCGAAUGAAGCUGAAACUCCUGCCGGACCGUUCGAAAGCCUUUAAGAUAGCAUGGGGUGUUUUCAACGAACUUGAAAGCAGAAAAGAACGAGCCAGGAACACUGGACUGUCAACGUCAUUGGUAAAGCGGUUGUUCAUUCGUUUGCGUGACGGGGAGAAAAUGAUAACGCGUAUCGGAAACAAGUUUAACUUGGCACUCAUCAGUUUCCGUAUUGAUGCAAUAUUACUAAAGUUAAAACAUAGGGAGAUAGCAGUCCGACACUGGAAGAUUAGCAUCGAUAAACACCCGAAAAAGCGCCGAAGAAUGAAGCAUCCUGAUGAAUGUAGACGACCACAGUCCGACACGGCACUUGAUGAGAUAACGCGAGAAUGCUAUGACAUGGGAUUGGGUGACGAUCUCCGAUCAGGAAACGACAAAAUGUUGAGAGAACAAUUACGCCGGUAUAUCAACGUUGGAGAGUUUUGUUCCAACCUGAUCAAAGAGCUUGGUUGGGGUGCAAUGUUAGUUCCAGGCCUGUUGAUUCGACAAGGCGAGCAGGAGCUCGUCAACAUAUCGCCAGCAAUUUUCAUUUUGAUGUCGCAAGUGAUUGAUGUGUCACUCAGUGUAUGGCUUCGCUUCAAGCCAACAGCAAAUGAAAAACCGGUUCAGGCGCUUGAGAGCCUAUAUACACAAGAAGAGCAAGAUCAACUACGAGAACUGCCUUGCCCAGAAAAAGAAGUAUUCGGCCAGACGUCGAAUAUCAGUAAUCAGUAA